CGCGCGGCGGCGGAGAAAUCGUCGUUCGCUGCCGAUCUAGCUGGCGCAGAAAAGUUCGUCGGGCGGCGACGAUACCGGAAGCGGCAAACGAGCGGCGUCCCAAAGCGAGCCAAUCAGGUCUCACUAUCCGAAACGACUUCCGUAUACGCUUCGCCGCUUGUCCGUGCAUUCCGAUCCCGCUCUAUCGUUCACGCCGGUCUCCCGCUUUUCGCAUUCAUGGAAUCCAAAGCGGCGCGGCUGGAAUUUAACGAGAAGUUAAUUUCGGCUGUUCAGAAGCGUGCCAUCCUGUGGGACUGCAGUCGCUAUGACUACAAAGAUCAAAGGAAGAAGGCUCAGGCGUGGGAAGAAGUUGCCGCCGAAAUAGGAUGCGACCUGCAAGAAAAAAAUCUACAGGCUAGGUGGAAGAGCCUGCGGGAUACAUUCACGAAAAAGUACCGGGUGCACAAACACGGCGCCCCGAGUGGCUCAGCUGCAAGUGACGCGAAGGGAAUCAAUGAUGCAAGCGUGAGCUGGCCUUAUUUCACCUUGCUGAAGUUCUUAAAAGAUCAGGCGGAAGUGGCCAGUACCAUAUCCAACAUUUCUCAGCCGGCUGCGACUGAAACCGCUGAGGAAGUGUUCGAGAGAUUGUACAACACUGGAGGUAAAAGUUACGGCUGGAGUUAUUAAUCAUUAGAGUCAGUGCUGAGGAUGUUUACGCUCCUUUGGCUUUUUCUUUUGUCCAGGAGCGCAGGAACAACAGGAGGACGAGAUUUGCAUUGCCCCUACAAGCUUCGUAGAAGAAAGUAGUGUUGAGGCAAAGACGUCGAAUAGUGACGACACAGCAGCAUUACACUCCAGCUCCAUAAAACUUGUAUCAGAACCUCCGAGGAGGAGGCGAGCCCAGAAGGCAAACAGGGGUACGUGGGAACAAGAACUGGACAGAGUUGACGCCCAAAUAGUCGCUAACAGCGACAAAGGAGCCUUGUACGGACAGCUGUUGGCAGAAAAGUUUCGCUCUUGCCCUAAAAGGCUAAAGUCACAAAUGGAACUUGAACUCUUAGAUUUUUUAAAGAAAUACACGUUCGAAGAACCUCAAUAAAAACCUCAUGCAUACAGGUGU